AUGCCGACCCUCCCCUCUCCCCCUUCAACCACCUCGACCGCGGCCACUCCCGCGCAUACCAGACUCGCCAAUGGCCACAGAGCGAGCGCGGCAACAUCGCAGUCCCGCACAUCGACGCCGAAACAAGCCAGCGGAAGUGGCUCCGGCGGGCUGAGAGGCGCCAAAGUAAGAGGCAGUUCGGACAAGGAGAAUGGCAGCGAGGCCUCCAGUGCUAGAGCGGCGAGGAGGAGCUCGGCGGCGAAUGUCCUGGCGGGGAGGGAGAAGAUGCCCAGCAAAGAUGGGACCGUCCAGAAGCAUGCCAAAGGAGUCGAAGGGCUGAAAGACUAUCAACUGGGACAAUGCCUUGGUCGCGGCGCUUUUGGCAGCGUCUACUGCGCUCUCAACUGGUCCACCGGCGAGACGGUCGCCAUCAAGCAGAUCCGCCUCUCAGAGAUGCCCAAGACCGAGCUCAACGUCAUCAUGCAAGAGAUCGACCUGCUCAAGAACCUCAAUCACCCCAACAUCGUCAAGUACCAUGGCUUCGUCAAGUCUGCCGACUCUCUAUACAUCAUUUUGGAGUACUGCGAGCAAGGUAGUCUCCACAGCAUCUGCAAAAACUUUGGAAAGUUCCCUGAGAAUUUAGUGGCUUUGUAUACCGCCCAAGUCUUGCAAGGAUUGUUGUUCUUGCACGAGCAGGGUGUCAUCCAUCGAGAUAUCAAGGGCGCCAACAUCCUCACCACGAAAGAAGGCCUCAUCAAGCUGGCCGACUUUGGCGUAGCCACAAAACAGCAAGGUCUCGCGGAAGGAAGUGUCGUUGGCACGCCAUACUGGAUGGCCCCAGAGGUCAUCGAAUUGGCCGGAGCUACGACGGCGAGUGAUGUCUGGAGUCUGGGCUGCACGGUGAUUGAGCUGCUCGAUGGGAAGCCACCCUAUCACAAGUUCGCGCCUAUGCCGGCACUCUUCCGCAUCGUCAACGAUGAUCAUCCUCCUCUACCUGAAGGAGCAAGUCCGCUGGUGAGGGACUUCUUGAUGCAGUGUUUCCAGAAGGAUCCCAACCUUCGAGUCUCGGCCAAGAAGCUUCUCAAGCAUCCAUGGAUUGCCUCUGCGAAGAAAGGCAACAUGAAGAAGCCUACUGAAUACGACGAGGCUAUCAAAAGCGUGCAAGAGUGGAACGAGGCACUGAAGAACAGCCCCCCAGCGACGCGACGUGGCACCGCUAACCGCACCGUAUCGAGUCGAACGUCGUCGCGACCAGUGUCGAGGAGUUCAGCGAAGCCCGGUCUAGCAGCGUCGAAGGCGAAGUCCGAGGAAUCAUCGAGACCGGCGUUUCAUUUGGGGUCACGAAGGCCCCAGCCACCAGAUGCCUUUCGAUCACCAACAGAUGAUGAAAGAAGAGACAAUUGGGACGCUGACUUUGAAUCACUCAAUGCUGGCAUGUCUGGUCUUCACAUUCCUGAUCGAUUGAGGCACCAGGACGGGUUUGCUGGGCUCUUCAGCGCGGAGAAGCUGAAGCAAUACGCCAAUGUUGAGCCAAUUCCCGAGAUGGACGGCAAGGUGGAAGAAUGGGAUGAGGAGUUUGAAGGGGAUCUGACUGUUCGGACACCCUUACAACUCGCACAGGGCGACGCCAUUGAGACGGUGCGUCCAUUCUAUCCGGCUCGAACUUCAUCAGACGAGAUCAAACAUCAGCCACCACCGCCCUUGAGCCUGGCCAAGAAGGGCGAAUCUCUUGACAGACAUGAACGCAAGACCAGCAAGGACUCGCAACCUCGCACCCAGAUCCUUCGACCCUCAUCGAAACAGAGCUCGAUACCCAAACCUAAGCCUACGCCGCCGCAUCAACCGCUUAAGAAGGCGCCAUCAGCGGCGUCUAAUAAGGAGAGAUUUCGUGAGGAUGAAGAUGAAGACUACUCUGAUCUUGUGGCAGACGAUGAGGACGCGUUCCUCAAAAAGCUCGCCGGGUUUUCGCCCAAUCGGCCCUCCAACCCGAAGGAUAUCUAUAGCAUGCAGACCAAACUUGGCGGGAGUAUGAGAAGGCGUAGGACCCACACUCCGACCCAGCUUGUGCACGAUGCUGCUGCCAUGAGGCGAAAGCGGAGCUCACUGGAGAUUCAGAAAUAUGCCGAGGAUGACAACGACGAAGACUUCACAGACUUGGUCUUUGAUGAAGAGCAGCCCAUGAGCUUACAGGCGGCGUCGCAUAAGAGUCGGUCGCCCAAGUCGGCUGUAUCGGCUGGAAGCGAGUCGGCCUCUGAGAGAGGUACCUUGAAGCUGACGAACUCGAUAUCGUGGGGCGAUGAGGACGACGAGGAAGAAUACGAUCCGUUCGCGGCCAUGGAAGAGGAGCUUGAUGAGGUUGAUCUCGAAUCGAACGUCGCCAGAGACAAGCACGCUCGUCUAUGUGCUGUCGUCGAGAGUCUGGUGUCGGACAUGAAGCUUGGGCAGCCAGAAGACGUCCUCGCUGAGAUUGUCGAUCAGCUGCUCCAGAUUCUGACAGAGUCUGCCGAUGUCAAGUCAGUCAUUGUCAGCAGCCACGGUAUGCUGCCGAUUCUGGAGAUACUCGAAACAGCGACAAGGCCGCCGAUUAUUCUGAGAUUGCUCAAGAUUGUCAACUGCGUCCUUCACGAGAAUAUCGAGGUGCAGGAAAAUCUGUGCUUCGUUGGUGGUAUCCCCAUCAUCACCAAAUUUGCGCACAAGAAGUACAAUUCUGAGAUCAGACUCGAGGCUGCAGCUUUUGUGCGGAUGAUGUACCAGACUCCGACCUUGACGCUACAGAUGUUUGUCAGCUGUGGUGGGCUGAAUGUUCUGGUGGAGUUCCUGGAAGAAGAUUACGAUGUCGAAGCUGGUCGCGAGCUGGUACUCGUCGGCGUGAAUGGCAUCUGGAGUGUAUUCGAGAUGCAAGGCCCAACACCCAAGAACGACUUCUGCCGCAUCUUCUCGCGAAGCUCGGUUCUAUACCCUCUUUCGCUCGUCUUGAACAGAGUUCUCGACGAAGAUGGUGAGCUUUCAGAGAUUAUCGAAGGUCGCAUUGUCAACAUCUUCCUGCUCUUCUCGCAAGCAGAGAACCACGUCAAAGAGACCGUCGCCGACCGCAUGGUGCUCAAACGGGUGUUGAAAGAUCUGCGACGUAUGAGUCCCCAACAUCAGAUCACCAUGCUGAAGUUUAUCAAGAACCUCAGCAUGCUCGCGACAACGCUCGAUGCAUUGCAGAAUAGCAAUGCUAUUGAAGUACUGACCGACUUGCUUGGUGCAAGCAUGAAGUUGCCACACUUCCGCGAGAUCUCCAACCAAGUUCUCAACACCAUGUACAAUUUAUGCCGACUCUCGAAAGCACGACAAGAGGACGCCGCAUUGUCAGGCAUCAUUCCCCUGCUUCAACGAAUCGUACAGACGGAACGUCCACUCAAAGAAUUUGCGCUGCCUAUUCUGUGCGACAUGGCGCACUCAGGCAAAGUCGGUCGCAAAAUCUUGUGGCAAACUAAAGGGCUGCAAUUCUAUGUCAGCUUGCUGGCAGAUCAAUACUGGGCUGUCACUGCUCUGGACGCCAUCUUCAUCUGGUUGCAGGAAGAGACUGCCAAGGUGGAAGAGCACCUUCUGGCGCCGACUUCGAACUUUGCUGAGGCGGUACUGCAAUGCUUCAACGAAAGUAAAGCAGAUUCGUUUGAGAACUUGUUGGAGCCGCUGCACAGGCUGCUGAGACUGUCACCCGCUGCGGCCGCCAAUCUCGCUCAUCGAAGUCUGUUUGAAAGGACUGCCAUAAAACUGCACUCCAAGAAAGCCGUGGUGCGAGUGAAUUUGCUCCGCGUGCUACGAUCUAUCUGUGAUGCAUGCGCAGAGCAAGGUUCAUUACUUCAACAAUACGGACUGCUAGACGCCAUCAAAGGUUUGGCACGCCAUGAUCAAGCCAUCCUCGUUCGCAACCUGGCAGAAGAGCUCGUCAGGCACAGCGAAUAUACUCCUUCGUCAGUUGGACGAUCUGCCACUGGCGGCUUUUCCGGGAAGAGGAGAAGUUCGAGCAGUACGAUGAUCUCGCCAGCUCUACUAUCACAUGCCUCUGCGGCGACGACUCCCACGACAAGCAGUCUGGCUCUUGGUGAGCGUUCUGGAAGCAGAGGAUACUUCGACCAGACACCCAACAGCAGCUCCGCCCGCUCAUCCGCUGCCAGCUCGCCAUUCCGUCCGGCUACUCGUGAUGGCAGCUAUGGCGGAUCAACCUCGUCAGGCGAUCGAUGGAGCUACCAUCACCCUUCGACGUCAUACGAUGCCUCGAGCAACGGUAUCGCCGCCCCUAGAAGCUCCAGCCGCAUGCCUCCGCCCGCAGGACGGCCGCAGAGGCCUUCUAGUCGACUGAGCCUAGCGCCGCCGCCUGUCAAGGAGGAAGGCAGCAGCGACGGUGCCAUUACGCCCACGCAUAUUCCACCCAGUGCUGGAACGAGGAGCUCGACAGCUGCGGCUGCGAAUUCUGCUCUGCAGAGGAAGAGGGAGAGGAGGCAGACUAGCAGUGCUGACUUGAGGCUUCAUUAUAGUUGA